AUGGCUGAGAUUGGAACAGCAUGCCCUGUUGCUGUUGCCUAUCUAAAUAAAAAUCACAAACAUUCGUGGAUAAGGAGCAAAUUUUCAGAGCUGUCCAAGGUUGAGUAUGUGUGCAAUAACAUAGCUGAAUCUUUCAAUAAUUGGAUCAAGGAUACAAAGGGGCUACAACUUGAUGAUUUAAUCGACAAGAUAAGGCAGAUGAUAAUGGUUCGGAUGUCCAGCAGAAAGAUAAUAGCAGACAGGUUGCAAGGUAACAUUUUACCUAGUGUGGUGAAGGCUCUCCAUGCCAAGAGUAGGGGCCUGAGGUAUGAAAUAUUUAGGAGUGGAGACAAUGCUGAGGAAAAGAAAGGCACCUACGGUUAUUGUUUCCUCGUCCCAGCCAGAUGUGGCAAGCACUUCAUCCAAGCCGGCAGCCGCAACGACUUCAUUGGCAAUCCCACGCUUGUUCCGAGAACACACCCGCCUCCUUUCUACUCGCUGGGCACCCGCCAUCGUCGCCCUGUCCGCCGGCGGCCGCGCCGCCUCUCCGACGAGCUCGGCGAGUCGCUCCUCCUCGGCGUCGCUGAGAUGGCAAUUCUCCCAGAUGACUAUUUGACUGAUGUUACUAAGAAGGGCUAUGUGAAGGAAAUGGAAGAUCAAGGCAAAUCUCAAGAAGAGGUUGCAAAGGCAGAAAACUGUAGAUUGAAAGGAUACCUCUCGAUAUGCUUGUCUGGCGUGACCACUGUCUACUGGAGUGGAGCAAUUGCUACGCUUAUGGAGAUGAAUAAAACCCAACCUACUGAGACCUUUUGCCUUGUCUUGUACUUACUUGUUAGUCUAAUUCUAAUGCUUGUUGGAGUGGCAGCAGCGACCUUCCCAUCGAUCACUCCUUGGAAAAUGGGUUUUGCUGGCCUUGGAUCCUGGCAAGCAAUGAUGUUUGUUUUAGUGACCUUUCAUCUGGCUACAUUCAAAUUACACCUCAAGCCCAUGUAUUCUUGGAUCUCUAUGGUUAUCUCCUCAAUCCUAGUCAGCACUUUUUGGGGCAUAUGUGCACAAGACCCUUUGGUCCUGCAUGUUCUAGCAAAGUAUGUUGUCUGGUACUCCUUCCAGAUAGCUUAUGGAGUCUUCCAAAUCAGUCUCUUCCUCAUAAGUUGGUUGGCAAAACCUUGUAAUUGUGUAAAGCCUCUGACAUAUAGAGUGGUUGCUAUGUACCAAGCGACUAGAGGUUAUCUCCCAGUUGCUCCACCAUUUCUUCCUAAUGACUUCCUCACUGAUGUUACAAAGAAGCUCUACGAAAAAGACAACCAAGGGAAAUCUAAAGAAGAGGUUGAUAAGGCAGAGGAUGAUAGAUUGAAAGGAUACCUGUCGAUAUGCGUGUUUGGUCUCACAAUCAUGUACUGGAGUGGAGCAGUUGCUAUGCUUAUGGAGAUAUAUAAAACCCACCCUACUAAGGCCUAUUGUUUUGUCAUGUACUUCGUUUUUUGUCUCAUUUUGAUGCUUGUUGGAGUGGCGGCGGCAACAUUCCCAUCCACAAGCCCUUGCAAAAUGGGUUUCGCUGGCCUCGGAGCAUGGAAUGCAAUGCUCUUUAUUGUCACCACCUUCCACCUCGCUACAUUCAAGUUAUAUCUUGAGCCUAUUUAUUCUCUGAUAUCUUUGAUUAUAUCAUCAAUCUUGGUCAGUAUCUUUUGGGGCAUAGCGGCUCAAGAUCCUAUGUUUGUACAUAUUCUUGCUAAGUAUGUUGUAUGCGGCUUUUGUUACGGAGCUUAUGGUUUGUACCAACUUGGUUAUAUGGUCGUCAGUGGGGCAUGUAGUGCGGGGAGGAAAGUUUGCGAUGGUGUAAAUUCUAUGAGGGGUUCACUGUUUGCUCCGAACCAUGCAAAUGGUUUGGGCUUCGGACUGUAAUGAAGCAUACAUCUGACAGAACAACUGCAGAAAAGCAAAUGAACCAUACUGCUACACACAGUACAUGUAGAUUUCAACACCUGAGCAAAAGAUGGGUAUAGCUGGUUACUUCGAACAUGCAGACUCUUGGAGAGAGAGUAAUCAGGGAGCUCUUUACCCAAUUUAAAUAGCAUAUCCUAAUCUAGCAUAAUAACUAUAUCUACGGAUAUUUGUUUUCAGCUUGUCCGGCUCUUCAUCGCUUUUGUCUCUUAGCAUCUUUGGUGUGUUUCUUUUGUUGCUAUGUGCAUCUUUAAUAUGCAGAUGUUAGGGAAAAUUCUUGUACAAUUGUUUCUGUAAUGAUGAGAGUUAAUAAAAUUUCUCUUAAAAAAAUCAAAAUAAUUCCACAAGCAGCAAAUUUGUCACCGAUUGUUGCACCAAUUUCCUUUUCCACCAACUGUUUUCUAGGACACCGGAUGAAACAGAGAAACACAAAAGAUAUUUACACUCGAAAUUGGCAAGACAAACUGUAGUGUAAGUUAGGGAUC